AUGGAUAAAAAAUCAGGUAACUCCCAGGAUGCCGAAGUGAGAAAAGGGCCAUGGACUAUGGAAGAAGACUUGAUCCUCAUCAACUACAUCGCCAAUCACGGUGAAGGUGUUUGGAACUCUCUUGCUCGAUCUGCUGGACUGAAACGUACAGGGAAAAGCUGCCGGCUCCGGUGGCUCAAUUACCUCCGACCCGAUGUUAGGAGAGGAAAUAUAACACCAGAAGAACAGCUCUUGAUCAUGGAACUUCAUGCUAAGUGGGGAAACAGGUGGUCAAAAAUUGCAAAGCAUCUACCAGGAAGGACGGACAACGAAAUAAAGAAUUACUGGAGGACUAGAAUCCAAAAACAUAUUAAACAAGCCGAAACAUUCAGUGCCGGAGCACAAUGCUCCGACAACAAUGAUCAAAUCUCUGGUUCUGCAGAUCAUCAUCAGCAUCAUCAUCCACUUGAAACCUACUCAUCAUCACUAUCGUACCCAGAAAACGAUCAUGCGAGCACAAGUCAAAUGUUUGGUUCGACAGAUCAUCAUCUUCUUCUUCAUCAUCAAGCAGUCGAAAGCUACUCACCGGUAUUAUCGUACCCAGGAAAUCUGGAGACUUUUCCCGCAACUUUUCCGACUGAAUCCACCGAUAACAUUUGGAGCAUGGAGGAUCUUUGGUCGAUGCAUCUAGUUAAUGGCGGUUAAUGAAUUCGAUAUUCUACUUUUGGUUCGAUAUUUCAGGUCUGUCUAUAUUUGAAAAUUCAGUAUAUUUCAUAUAUAUAAGUUACUUUCAUAUUUAAAGCUAUAUGGGCUGUAAUAGAAUCGAGAAACCUAUAAUCUGCUUAUUUAUAUAUAUAUAUUAGCAGCCCGUGUAUGUGCAAUUCUAUCAUGUUUGAAAUUUUUAGUCGGCUGCAAAGAGAGAGUGAUAUGGUGUAAAAGUAAAAAAAAAAUGUGAAUUUGAAUUUUAC